UCACGUCUUUCGUCGCGCUACGCAAAUACGCGCUCGUCCGUCUGCACUCUGCCGUCAUUGCGGGCGCUUAAUCAGAUUUGACGUUUCGGCAGACGGAACUUGGUGCGGAGUGAGAAUACCUCGUCGUGCAUUCAAUUAACGUUAAUUUGCAAAAUGAACAGGCUCUUCGGACGUGCUAAACCCAAGGAACCGCCGCCAAGCAUCACCGAUUGCAUCGCGGGGGUUGACAGUAGGGCGGACUCUGCAGAAAAGAAGAUAGCGAAACUGGACGCGGAGCUGAAGAAGUACAAAGAUCAGAUGGUCAAGAUGAGGGACGGGCCGGCGAAGAACGCGGUGAAGGCCAAGGCUCUGCGCGUGCUGAAGCAGCGGAAGAUGUAUGAGGCCCAGGUGGACAACCUGCGCCAGCAGGCGUUCAACAUGGAGCAAGCGAACUACGCCACGCAGACGUUGAAAGACACCCAGGCGACUGUGGUCGCUAUGAAGGAUGGCGUCAAGCAAAUGCAAAAGGAAUUCAAAAAUAUCAACAUUGAUCAAAUCGAGGAUAUGCAAGAUGAUUUGGCAGAUAUGUUGGAACAAGCUGACGAGGUGCAGGAAGCGAUGGGUCGCAGCUACGGAAUGCCAGAAAUUGACGACGACGAACUGGCGGCGGAACUGGAGGCUCUCGGCGACGACCUCGCUUUGGACGAGGACACUACUUUCUUAGACGAUGCUAUUAAAGCACCCAGUGCACCAGACAAAGAACCCGGAGCAAGUUCUGUCAAGAACAAGGAUGGUGUUCCAGUGGACGAGUUUGGCUUGCCACAAAUACCUGCUAGCUAAGUUUAAAGAAUACAUCAAAAUUUAUAGAUAAGGCAAAUGUUAAGCUUAAGAAUAUUCGCAUGCAUGCCCAAAGACAUACGAUCCUCUUCAAGAACAAAAUAAUACAGCUUUUCUAAUUGACACCCGCGCAGCACAAAUAAUGCUCUAACAAUUUUUUGUUGACGUAACUUGCGCAGAUAUUUAAUUUACAAUUAGUUCCGUAUCAAUAGAUUUUUGUUACUGUCUUCAAAGUCACUAUUUUUAUUAAAUUAGUAUUAUGUUGUACAUAUAUAUUAAUAAAUUAAUAAAUAUAUUGAUUAUAAAUA